AAAUAAAAAUCGUAAACAACGCGAUUUUUCUGGGGAAUUCGAAGGUUUCACAAUUUUAAAUUAAAUUUCCUUGCGUUAAACUAAAGUCAUUCGAAUAAUGAUUCAUUUUUCUGUAUAAAUUUAAGUUGCUUGUGAACUAAACUCGCCUACUGAACUGCGGCAUAUUUGAUUGUACCAACAGUAAAUUAGUUGUGAGAGAUAGUAAAUUGAGAAUAAAAUACAUUUAAAACUGGAUUAAGAUGGGAUCGAAUAAUGAAGAUAACCGUAUUGCCGGUGCACUCACUUUUCCUGCACGAAAUGAGGAGAGUGUACCGGUGCAGCCCCGUCAACCGCGGAAUUUACAGGGCCUGCUUCGAUUUGCCAUGGAGGCAACCAAGGCUGAAGAUGCUCCUGGAAAUUCUGAAUUAGGCCCCAUGGAUGAAGAGAGACGUAAGUUUCUUGAAGAAGCACUGAAAAGUCUCACAGUAGAUGUAGCACAGGUCCUGCAGAGUGCUAUCAAAGUGCUCACUGAUUCAGAGAAAAUGAGCAGCAUACAGCUUGGUGAUGACCUGCCAGAGGAUGUGCAGACAGCAUUUAAUAAUAUCAUGGAGUUUAUUGAUGACAUUGAUAUUGCUAAUGAUUUUCCCAAAUUAGGUGGUUUUGCAAUAUUCCCCAUAUGCUAUGGCAGUGAAAAUGAAAUUGUACGAGCCAAAGCCAGUGGAGUACUGGCAGAAUUGUGCCAGAACAAUCCACAAUGCCAAGCUCUGGCCCUUGAGAGUGGUGUCUUAAAUGUGUUACUACACUUAGCCAAUACUGAAACUGGGACUGCUCUUGCUAAAUGCAUUAUGGCUAUAUCAUGUGCAACUCGUGAGUUUGAGCCAGCUUGCAAAGAGCUGACAGCACAGGGCGGCUGUGAGACGUUGGCCAAUGUCCUCAAGUGCUCUGACUCUGCGGCUAGGACUAAGGCUGCCUUCCUCAUACAGUAUCUGUGUCAUCAUCAUGCAGAGGCUAAAGAAAAAUUCAUACAACAGAAUCUAGUGAAAGUGAUUAUAGAACAAAUCAAAUCAGGACGAGAUGAUAACUCUGAGCAUUUAUUAAGUGUACUGGAAAGUUUACUGGAAGGCCUUGACCCAACAGUGGUCCAGCAGUGUAGGGACCCUUGCUUAGACCUGAAGAAUGUUCUAGAGAACCACUUAAAUCAUCCAGAUUUACAAGAUGACACAUUUAUGGAAGAAAAGGAAUAUUGUCAAGCAAUACUAAAAGUUUUUAACAACUUCCCACAGAGUGAAGUGGACAGUAAUGAAGUUGACAGAUAGAGGAACAAGGAUCUGUUUAAAGCAUUUACAUGUUUACAUAUAAUUAAAGUCAAAAUUAUUUGUAAGAUAAGAUAGACUGUAAAAUUAUAAUAUUUAUAAUUUUUUGUUUAUAAAUACAGUUUCUAUUACAA